AAGUCUCACCGACAAUAGCCAUAUAUAAUGACUGCCGAAGCAAAGAAAGAUUUGGUGCAGUUGAUUGAGGAUGUCUUCCUGGUGCUUGAAAGGGCCGAUAUCGAAACAUCUAUUUUAUCAUUGGACUUCCCAUCUAAUUUUUAUGAAGCUGAUUCAACAAAGAUAAUAGACUCAUUGCGAAACUUCUUUGAUGAGUCUGGGGAUUCAGGUUCCACCACAACUAUAUUGAAAAAGAACGAUUCCAAGGAGUAUACUAAUCUUUAUGAUAUCUAUCAUGACAUCAAGGUUGCCAGUUCCCUCAAGAUAAGAAACCUCAAGAUUGGAUCCAAAGACUACAAAGCUAUAGAUUUCUUCUACAAGUUUUCUACUGAGAUUUUAUUAAGGGAAAGUAGUUUGCUUAAAACUGCUUUAUUUUCCUAUUCUAGUGAGAACGACACUCCUUCUGAAUUGGAAGAACAAGUGGCUUCUGAUUUCGAGAAGAUUGGUCACAGCUAUAGUGUUUCCAAUGGUGAGGUGGCGACAUACAUGAGCGAAAUGCCAAAUCCUAGUGCAUCAAGUCUUAUUCCUUCCUUUGGUUAUGCUACUUCUUCUGCUCCUCCCACCAUUAAACAACCUUUAUUCACAUCUCAACUUGGUAAGAGUGAAUUGGAUCCUAGAUUUACCUUGAUUCCUGAACCUUAUAACUUGGUCAAGUCCAUACCUUUACCGAAGAAUGUGGGCUCCAGUAGUGCUACAUUUGAAACGUUGAACGCUCAUGUAUCCAAGAUUCCAUUGCCUACUAACAAACCAACUACCGUGUUGGACAACUUUCUCUACAUAACAUGGUACAUCAUCAAGGCUCCUGAAUGGUUGACUUACACUGGAAAAACCUUGAAGCCAACUAUUACUUCAAAUUUGUUCAAGGAUGCAAACAAGAACGAAUUCAGGUUAGCCAAUUCAAAUAACGAGCUGGUAAAAUCCUUUGCUCCUAAAUUCGACUCUAAAGGAACUGGGGUCUCGGAGAUUUUAAAGAACAAUGUUUGGUUAAACCAAAUAGGCUAUAAGAAAAUCGACGAAAUUAGAAAAGAAUACUUGAAGAAUACAGGAAAGGAAAUAGUCACUGACCAAAACAAGGAAGAGUCUGACUCCAAGCUGAGCUUAAAGGUUGAGACCAAGGAGGCUGUGGAUGAUGAUGAGAACGUCUAUUUUGAAGAUUAUGACGAAAGUAAGACGAUUGAGAUUGAAAAAGUUCUCAAAUGGGACCCGACUGAAAUUGACGUUUUGAAAUCCCUCAAGAAGGAUAACAAACAGAUCACGGGUUCUGCGAAGCAUCUUCAACAAUUGAUCUCAAAGGAAUUGUUGAAGUUGAACAAAUUACGUCAAGAAAGGUUCCUUAGAAGUAACUUUAACAAUGUGUUGCCUGCAACCUUGGCAGAGAAAAAGUUAUACAAGAAAAUCACAAAAUUAAUAUCUUUGUCAAUCAACUUGCACAAAGUGGCACCAUCUGAUUUACCUUUGGAGUUUAGUAAGAGGGUACCUGUGUUGAUGACUGAUUAUUCUGGUACCUUACCUAGUUUACCAGCAAGUAAAUCAAGAUCAACCAGAUUGCCAAACAUAAGAGGUCCCUACAAGAAGAAGCCUCGCUAAUCGGUAGGACUGGUUUAACUAUAUGUAUUGUAUCUAAUGUAAAGAAAACUCUUGUGAAAACUAUAUAUCAGCACCGUUAGCGAAUGCUAUGAUUAGGUAGAAGUUCAACGAGCUGAUGAUGAGCCAAGUUAAAACACUGGCAAUUGUCAACACUUUGCCGUUCUCAAAUGUAUACUUUCUGACUGUCACUGGAGCACUCGAGUUCUGUCCUUCACCGGUCAAUAAUGCAGUGUUUUCGUUGAUGAUUAAAUGCUCGCUAGUAUCAAAAACCGUGAGAUACUCUUUUUUGCAGGUGAAGUAAAUCAAAGGUGCACUAACUACUGGCAAAAUAAAACUAAGAACCACUUGGGAGGAGUUCAUGAUCUUACUCACACCUUCACGUCCAAGAAUACCGAUGAAAAACAAAACUGGUACAAUGGCCAAUACUCUUGUGAUUAUACGUCUCAACCAAGGUUUAACAGACCAAUUUAUAAACCCUUCUGAGAUGAUUUGACCGGCCAUAGUACACACAAUUCCAGCACUUUGACCCGAAAACAACAUCGAUAAUGCAAAUAUAAGACCUGCUGCUGGUGAAAUAUAGUAGGAUAACAUCUGAUAUAUCGAAAGCAAAUCGGCAUUGUCAGCAUCCGGUUUACCAAAUAAGGAACUGCCUGCCACAAUUAAAAUUGCAGAAUUGACAAACACUGCUAUAAUGAACAAAGAAAGCACCAAUUCAGUAUACGAAUAGUUCAAUGAAUACUUUAUAGCUUCGUACGAUGGUCGAUACUUUCUUGACAAGCUUGUACCAUCAGAAAUACUUCUAAACUUGUGAAUAGUAGCAUGUAAUUCCUGAUCGGAGCUUGAUGCUAUUGAAGUUGAAUCCGGGUCUUCUGAGUCCUGACCAGUAAUGAAUCCGUGUUUGAUAUCAUAAUCUUUCAAUCUGGAUUGCACCAAAGCAGAUCCCAAGAAUAAAGAGUGAGGCAUAACCGUGCUUCCAACUAUUCCACAGCUCAAGAAUAAAGCAUUUUGUUCCUUGAAGAUCUGGCCAUUUACUGGUAAAACUCCUUUGAUUAUCCCACCAAGAGCUCCUUCUGGAAAGUCACAUUUGAAUAGCUCAAGGAUAAAACAGAGGCAAGUAGCCAAUACCAAAAUAGAUACAAGAAUCUCAAAUAGUCUUGUCUGUUUCAUGGACCCAUCUUUAUGAUAUACCAUCAAGAUUAUCAAUACGUCCAAAAUGGUUAUAAGCACUCCGUAGAACAAGGGUAUUCCAAACAAAAUCUCCAAGGAAAUAGCGGUUCCCACAACUUCUGCCAAGUCGGUAGCGAUGAUGGCAAGCUCAGCACAAAAGUAUAAGGCCAAGUUCAAGUUGGGAUUCAAGUGCAAUCGGCACAUUUCAGCGAGGUCCAAACCUGUGAUGGUCCCGAGUUUAACACAUAAGCAUUGAAGAAUAACUGCAAAUAAAUUAGACAUGAAUAUGAUGAAGAGCAACUUGUACUCAUACAUAGCACCAGACGACACUGCUGUCGAAUAGUUCCCGGGGUCCAUAUACGCCACUGAGACCAUUAUGCCUGGCCCUACGAACGAGGCAUACUUCUUUGCGCCUGCAAUGACGUCCUUUGCAACAGAUUUCACUCUGUUCAUAGUUGGGGGUUGAGAACUCAUGAGGCCGCGAUUUCAGUUUC